GACGAUCAUUCGGGUGCGGUCGCCAUCUUGCGUGAAAAAUUUGACAGUUGUUGACGAGGGUGUUUUAUGGUAGUGUUUGUAGCAAUAAUAAUCAAUAUUUUUGCAAUCUUAAAUGUGAAAUGAGUGGUUCCGCUAGCUGAUUCCGACUUUGGAAUGGCGGCCCGUCGUCUCCCGAGUUCGGCCCCAAUGGAGUCCGUCCCCAAUUCCUGCGAUCCUCUUCGCGAGCUGUUCGAGGCUUGCAAAGUCGGGGACAUCUCCCGCGUCCGCAAACUGGUAACCCCCCAAACAGUCAACGCUCGCGAUACAGCUGGCCGCAAAUCUACUCCGCUUCAUUUCGCAGCUGGAUACGGCAGACGGGACGUGGUGGAGUUCCUGUUAUCGGCCGGGGCUUCCAUCCAGGCUCGCGACGACGGGGGCCUCCACCCCUUGCACAACGCGUGUUCCUUUGGACAUGCGGACGUUGUGCGGUUGCUUCUGGAGGCAGGGGCGAAUCCAAACACGCGCGAUAACUGGAAUUACACGCCGCUGCAUGAGGCUGCGAUUAAGGGAAAGGUCGAUGUUUGUAUUGCUCUGCUGCAGCACGGGGCUGAACCCGAUAUAACGAAUUCGGAAGGGAAAACUCCGUUAGAUGUUGCUGAUAAUUCAACUAGAGCUGUUUUGACGGGGGAGUACCGCAAAGAUGAGCUUCUGGAAGCUGCACGUUGCGGUGCUGAAGACAAGCUUUUAGCGCUUUUGACUCCACUUAAUGUUAAUUGUCAUGCUAGUGAUGGACGGCGCUCGACGCCUCUGCAUUUGGCAGCUGGGUAUAAUCGGAGUCGUGUGGUGCAGUUGUUGCUACAACAUGGAGCAGAUGUCCAUGCCAAAGAUAAAGGCGGCCUCGUCCCUCUACACAACGCGUGUUCAUACGGCCACUUCGAAGUGACCGAAAUGCUAAUUAAACAUGGUGCUAACGUCAACGCCAACGAUCUCUGGGCUUUUACACCCUUACACGAAGCGGCUUCAAAAUCACGCCUUGAAGUGUGUUCGUUAUUACUGAGCGAAGGUGCGGAUCCAACUCAGCUCAAUUGUCAUUCGAAAUCGGCAAUCGAUGUAGCACCGACUCGAGAAUUACAAGAACGACUCUCAUGUGAGUAUCGUGGACAUCAAUUACUGGAUGCUUGCAAACAAGCCGACACCACCAAACUAAAAAAGUUCCUCACAUCCGAAGUAGUCAAUUUUAAACAUCCAUAUACCGGUGAUACGGCGCUACAUGUAGCCGUGAAUUCGCCCUAUCCGAAGCGUAAACAAAUAAUCGAAUUGUUGAUUCGUAAAGGAAUUCAUUUGAAUGAGAAAAAUAAAGAUUUUCUGACACCGCUUCAUCUGGCUGCUGAUAAUUCGCAUCUUGAUCUCAUGGAGGUGCUACUAAGACACGGUGCUAAAGUCAAUGCUUUGGACGGAUUAGGACAAACUGCCUUGCACAGAUGUACCAAAGAUGAUAACGUCCAAGCUUGCCGACUUUUACUGUCCUACAACGUCGAUCCCUCAAUUGUCUCGCUACAGGGCUACACAGCGGCGCAAUUAGCCGGCGAAAACGCCCAAAAACUGUUCCAAGAUCCUCCAGCCGUUAACGGCGAUGUCGAAUGCCAAGUGUUGGAAGCUGCGAAAUCCGGCGAUCUUGAACAGGUUCAAAGACUACUAGAAACGUACCCCAACACGGUUAACUGUCGCGAUUUGGACGGUCGUCAUUCGACUCCCCUCCAUUUCGCGUCCGGUUAUAACCGAGUAGCCGUUGUCGAGUAUCUCCUCGAGCAAGGAGCCGACGUACAUGCGAAAGAUAAAGGCGGUUUAGUGCCUUUACACAACGCUUGCUCCUACGGUCACUACGAAGUGACCGAAUUAUUAGUCAAACAUGGAGCUAAUGUAAACGUUGCCGAUUUGUGGAAGUUUACACCGUUACACGAGGCUUCAGCGAAAGGUAAAUACGAGAUUGUGAAAUUGUUGUUGAAACAUGGUGCUGAUCCCACGAAGAAAAACCGAGAUGGAGCUACGGCUCUUGAUUUGGUGCGAGAGGGUGAUCAAGAUGUUGCCGAUUUGUUGCGAGGGAAUGCAGCAUUGUUGGAUGCCGCCAAAAAGGGGAAUUUGGCGAGGAUUCAACGGUUGAUUACCGCGGAAAAUAUCAAUUGUCGCGAUGUGCAAGGGAGAAAUUCCACUCCGCUCCAUUUGGCCGCGGGCUAUAAUAAUGUGGAAGUUGCCGAGUAUUUACUCGAACAUGGGGCUGAUGUUAACGCUCAGGAUAAGGGUGGUUUAAUACCGUUGCAUAACGCUUCCAGUUACGGUCAUUUAGAUAUUGCUGCUUUGUUGAUUAAGUAUAAUACUGUGGUGAAUGCUACGGACAAGUGGGGUUUUACGCCGUUGCAUGAAGCCGCCCAGAAAGGCAGGACUCAACUGUGUGCCCUUCUUUUAGCGCAUGGCGCUGACCCAUUUCUGAAAAACCAAGAAGGCCAAACUCCGAUGGAUUUAUCAAGCGCUGAAGACGUCCGUUGUCUCCUUCAAGACGCAAUGGCGUCGCAACAAGGUGUGCCAACAGCGCCCCCUUCACGUCCAGUCUCCGUCGUUUCUUCGCCAAGUCCAUCUCUCACUCCUACUGUCAAUACCGAGACUGUUUUAAUGCCAUCGGGCGCUUCAAUUCAAUUAUCGAUUCCUAUAGGUAGUAGAUCAAGUGUGGCAAUAGUUGAGGGUUGUUGUUCCUCCUCGAAAUUGGAGGGUGACGAUCAGGAUUUAAUCGGAAAUAUUACGAAUAUUCCUUCGUUCCUUGCUAGUCUCAAUUUGGAACAAUUGAUUGAUAUUUUCGAAAGAGAGCAAAUCACGUUGGAUAUUUUGGCCGAAAUGAAUCACGACGAUUUGAAACAAAUUGGGAUUUCGGCGUAUGGUUUUCGACACAAGUUGAUCAAAGGAAUGGAACGGUUGAUGUCGAGUUGUGAAGGCUUGAGGUUGAUGCCGUCGAAUCCGGGGACUUUGCUUAUUGACCUUUUGGCAGACGAUAAAGAGUUUAUUACUGUUGAAGAGGAGAUGCAGAAUAGUAUCAGGGAGCAUAGGGAUCAAGGGCAUGCGGGCGGUGUCUUCAAUCGAUACAACAUCGUCAGGAUACAGAAAGUCCAAAACCGGAAGCUGUGGGAGCGCUACACCCACCGUCGCCAGGAAGUGUCGGAAGAGAACAACAACCAAUGCAACGAAAGGAUGUUGUUUCACGGUUCACCCUUUAUUAACGCGAUUGUGCAAAAGGGUUUCGAUGAAAGGCAUGCGUAUAUCGGGGGGAUGUUCGGGGCUGGGAUUUACUUCGGGGAGCAUUCGUCUAAAAGCAACCAAUACGUGUAUGGGAUCGGGGGCGGCACCGGAUGUCCGACACACAAAGACCGCUCUUGUUAUAUUUGUCACAGGCAUCUUUUGCUCUGUCGCGUGACUUUAGGAAAGAUGUUUCUUCAGUUUAGCGCCAUGAAGAUGGCACAUGCCCCUCCAGGACACCAUUCAGUGGCCGGAAGGCCGUCUGCUGGUGGUUUAAAUUUCCCGGAAUAUGUGGUUUACAGAGGGGAACAGGCUUAUCCCGAGUACCUCAUCACGUACCAGAUUGUUAAACCUGAGAAUUGUCCAAUGACGAGUGAUAGUGGUGUCAGGUGAUUUGGUUGCAAGGAUACAGUGAAGGAGUUGUGGUACGGAGUCGUGGCUAUUUUGCUCAAAUGUUUCGUUCCAACAACGAUUUGUACUUGUCAAAAGUCGAGGCAAUAAUGAUGCCCUUUUAUGUGUUCAUAAUUCAUGUUUUACUGAUGUAAAGCGAGGACUGAAUCUGCAGCAAAUUGUGAUAUCUCAUUUCGAACGAUUAGUCAAAGCGAUUUUUGUUUUAUUUAUGGUGUGGUGUUUGUCUUUAUUUUUACUGUAGUGUUAAUAAAAUAUACACAAACA